GACAGCGUCCCCUGGUCGUUGUACGCGAAUUGUCCCUGCCAGAGGUAAUGUCGCGGUCACCUUCAGCAGCCUCCGGCUGCAUUGUGUGCCGUUCUCGAAAGGUCCGAUGCGACAAGUCCCUCCCUUCCUGCCGUAACUGCACCCGCCUCAGUGUUGCAUGUCCGGGCUACAGCACCGAUCACAGGGCGCUUUCUCGCAGGGACAUUCUGAAGUCAACGGAAAAAAUCUUUCGAGCUGCAGGCAAGCAGCGACGUCGUAUGGGAGCUUGCGAGGCCUGUCGCGCGUCCAAGGAUCAAUGCACUCGAACAAGGCCAUCUUGUCAGAGAUGUUUGCUGCGCAAGAUAGACUGUGUCUAUCGCGCCACGGACAAAAAACCACCACAGGCACGUCCGCAGCAAGACAGCCCCUUCUACUCUGCCGGUGCCGUUGUCGUGGUUGGCGGGUUUGAACUUCAUCUAUCAGAACUCUACUCAAGCACCCUUCCGGAGGGCGACACCUUACGAUGUCUGGUCAAUACAUACUUCCAGAGAUCUCAGCCAAUGGGAUAUACUGGUAUUAUCCACAAACCAUCCCUUAUGCAAGCACUGGACCGUGGCACUGCUCUCGAUGAAUUCGGCCAGCCAACCCUGCACAUCAUAUGUGCUCUCGGCGCAAGGCUGAUCACUUUGGACUCAAUCCCCUCGCUGUGCAAAGAUGCUGCCUAUAGCCAGACUCCUGGGGAUGCGUGGGCAGAGAAAGCACGCCAGCAUGUGCUGCUCACGGCUCAUGUCCCGACCACCCAGGACCUCGUGGCUAUGAUUCUUGUUUGUGAGUACGCCUCCAAAACGAAUCAGCACGCACUCAUCUUCUCCCUGUCUGGUUCCUUAUUUCGAGCAAUCUGUCUUCUGGGGCUCGAUGCGCCACAUCCACCAAUGGCGAAGACACAGGCGGAGGUCCUAAGGCAGGAGACGGCAAAUAGAAUUGUCUGGGCAUCCUACCAUAUUGAUUCGCUCAUUGCGCCUGGUGUAGACAAGCACUCGUCGUGGCGGGAUAAUUACCCACGCAUCCCCCUCCCCCGCUCUGAUCAAGACUUUCUUGCGUUAACCUCGGGAAGUCUUGUCUCUCUCAACACUAUCGAGAGUUCUCCCAGGUUCUCCACCGUCAGGACACUUAACCUCCCUGCUUUAACUACGAUUAUUAUCAGGCUACGGAGAACGGUGCUGAGGAUCAUCCGUACAACACCCAACGAAGCAGCUCCCAUUUGGAGUUACUCGUCACCCUUUAGUGCAACACUGCUGAAGCUGGAAUCCUUUUACAAUGCUAUACCCGAUCGUUACCACUUGACCGAUCUAAACAUGUACAUGCACAAGGACCAGCACAUCCUCAGCGCCGUUUUGCUCCUCCAUCUUCUCUUUCACGCCGCCAUGUUCGAUCUCACAAGGAUAUCGCUGCCCGGCUUCAGCUUCCCUCUUGCCACUGGAUUUCGCGGAGCUCCACCUGUCUUCUUGCAAGACUGCCAGCGGCGGUGUUUCCAUCAUGCCCACGAGGUCUCCAAUCUGGUCCGCAAAGUCCUUCCCGACAAAGCCAUGAUUGCUGAUCAACCGCUGUGGUCCGGGGUACUGUUCGAGUCCGCCAAGAUCCAAAUUGUUUUUACGGCAACGGUACAAAACGAUACGCACACUCAGGAGAUGGUGAGACAGAAUCUCCGAGCCCAUCUCGAUCUUUUUGCCUUUCUCCACACGGGAAAAGAAGAACGAAGCCCAUGUGUCCGCGUUAUUCUUUCACUGUGCAUGCUGUUCGGACUCGACGAUAUUACGCGCGAAUUUAAUGGAACCAAUCUGGAUCUUGACGAGUCUGUCUAUGUGACGGGGUCACCUGAGAUGCAUCACCUUACCAACUUUGCAUUCUUCCGACGGGCCAGGGCAGAGAUAGAGGCUUUACAAAGUAAUGUUGGUAUUACAAGGACUUCAUCGUGCGGGUCUUCACAACCCGGGCUCCUGAGUCCUUUAUUGGAUCCCGCGUAUGGGGCAGAAAAGAGGGUUCAUUAUGAAAAGCACCGUCCGCAAGCUAAUAACCAAGAUCCUGAGAUUGCGUCGCAUUUUGUUUCCCACGUGCAGGGACAGGAGCCUUCACUGCCCGACCCCGAUCCUCCCGCGGAAGGCCAGCCGUCGGUUGAAGACUACAUUCGAACCGCAGAGGAAAUGGGUGACUACCUUGCAUGGACCUCGAUGGACGCUUUGCCAUCAUGGGAAUGGCCGCCGUGGGACACUAUCCACCCAAGUGGGCUACGAAGUGGGUAG